AUGGAACGUCUCGAAUUCCACGGCAAGCUUGGGAACAAUCUACAUGCCGUAAUUGCGAAACGUGAAAUAGCUUCGGUGCCGAUAAGUACCUCGCGCUCCGCGACCCACACCACUAGGACUGUUCCGUACCAGUGUUUCUCUCCGCCUGCCAACGGGCCUGAACCGUUGUCGAGAUUGCAAUACUGGCUUCCUGUUUUCGGCCCCCGCAGGGGGGGGGUUGCAUCUGGUUCCGAGCUCACUCUCCGUGCGCCAUUGCUGACUGCAGCGCCAUGGACACCAGAAACCGAGCGUCGACAGAGUGAGCGUCGGCACGAAUACGCGUUGAGCGGGGUGACCAUCCAUGGAAGCAAGGAACCGUUGAGGGGUCCAGGGGUCAUCUGCCUCGGCGCUUUAUCUCCUCUGUUGCACUUGCAGGCGCAUUGCGUUACCAUUGUGGGCUUCAGACGCCAAUCGUUCGCACACACGGAUGUUUUCAACACCGCGUAG